CACUCUGCAGAAAACCCUGUGUUUUUACUAAAAACGAAGUUGCAGUUUAAUUUUUGAACUUUUACUAUAACUUAUUCUGCAAACUUGGAAAUGUAGUGUGACUGUUAUUACUGGGACAGCGUCACAAUAACAUCAGGGUGGAGCCUUUACCAUCGAUGUAAAGGAUCGUCAGGAUACCUCUCCCGUCAAGUCAUACUAAAGACUAUAAUCAUGUUAAUCUAUAUAUUAUAGCGUCUAACAUAAAAAAAAAUGAUUGUGGUUGUCUAUUUUGAUUGCUUUGCUUACACCGCCUAAAAAACUUAAAUGUUGAGUCUCUCUGCAGAACUCUUAUCGAUGACAGUACUAACAAGAACUGUACUGGCGACAACCUCGUUCCCAGGGCAUUUUGCCUUGUUAAUGAAGUUUGUAGGGGUUGUUGGCCACCCCAUAAUAACGGCUUAGGCCAAGACCCUGGGGACGAGGUUGAAGUUUAUAACCUGCGCAAAUAAUCGUAAUAAAGUUUAAUACAGAGAGAGUACUUAAAAGUGGAUCCUUAAGACACCAAAUAUUUUUUCCAGAUUAAAGAAAUGUCCGCUUUGGAGAGGAUUUGCUUAUCUUGGCAAACGGUGUCCGCUGUGGACUGUCAGUUUUUGGGUAGGCUGAGGGAUAACAUAUUUUGUCCGUCUUAAAAAGGUGUACCAUGUCAAGGAUGUCCGAGAAGGUUCCUACAAUGCAUUGUUCUGCGUUAGCUCGUCAGGCAGUAAAACAAACAAUAAAGCACCUCCUUUUUUAUAUUAUUGUGGGGUCCCUUGCACGCUUCUCAAUUGACAAACGUGAAAACGGAAAGUGUUUUUUUACCAUUUAAAUAUUUAAUAAACAUUUCGCAUGCCAAGGUGUAUUUCGCCUUUAGCUUCUCUCUGUAGAAGGGUGCCUUAAGUACAUUUAGCUGGCAAACUCCUCUGUAAGCUUUUAGUAGCCAUUUUUAACUAUGACGUCAAGACAGUGCACACAAAUUUGACGUCAAAUUUGUCCGUAUUAUACUUUGAGCAAACACUCAGUAACGAAAGGAACUCGCUAAAAUGGAAAGGCAAAAUAGUAACGAUAUUGUUGGUAUGGAUUCUGUGAAAAAGGUAAAGCAGUUCAACAAAAGUUAUAACUAUUUCUGUCACUACGCUUCCUCUGACCUUUUCGUCAGUUCUUGCUAUACUUACCAUAAUAUAAACUAAUAGAGAGCCCAGAGUUUUUUGUGUCUGGCCACAAUCUGUAAAGAUAUAUCCACUCUUAUUUUUUCAGGAGAUAAAGGAAGCUUACGAAGAUAAGUUGACAUCCAUAUCUCAAGCUGUUGCGGAUGAAAAGAAACUUCGACAACACAGCGAAGAGAUCAGUAAAACGCAUCUAACGAAGAUAAAACAUCUGCAAGAAAUCCUUAAUGGUAACAUAAAGGAAUGUGACAAAGAAUUGGAUCGGUUAAGCGCUAAAGUUAAUGCCAUACCGGAGAUAAUUGAAGAAGCAAUGAAACCCGUGGUAAAGCUGGCUGCAGAAGCUGCUGAAGGAUGCGAAAAAGAAAAGGUAAAGAGAAUGGAAGUUGAAAGGGUGUUAGAAAAGGUGGAAGGUGAACGCGAUGCUUUGAUAAAGAAAAAUGAUGGCUUGAAUCGCUCUGCUUUUAACAUGGAAUGCAAAAUCAAAGAAUUAGAAGUAAUCAACGCGUAUCAACAAGAUGCAAUUGAAGACCUAAAAAGAAAAGUUGCUGAGAUGGAUAUGAAGAACAUCCAAUGUACAGAGCAAACAAAAAGCUUCGCCACAAUGCUUCGCAACAAGUGUGCUGGAAUUACAAAUAUUUUGCGUAGCAAUUUUAUUUGCAAAAUCUUUCCAAGGAAGGUUUCCAAGAAGAAACUGAAAGUUGUGGCUGCGAUUGAGGAAGUUGAAGAGCUACUUCAGUUGCAUGCUGCAGAAAUGCAAAAAUUCUAAUUUCCUUACCCCGUCCUACCUUUAUCCAUUUUUCAGAACUUUUUCUUAAUUCUUUCUGGAUUUCUUUCUGAAUUUUUUUGGAGUUUUUCUUUCUGGAUUUCUUUCUGAAUUUUUUCUGAUUUUUUUUUGAAUCUCUACUGAUUCUUUUUUUAGCCAAUCACUUUCACAAAAGUGAUUGACUACGCUAUGUUCAGGCACAAAUGACCAGGGCAAUAAAUACUUUUAACAAGUAUUUUAGAUAGACACCCUUUAUUUCCUAGUGUGAUAACUUUAGGUUAUCUGUGAAUUGGCGGCCACAGAAGUUUGAGUUAUCAUGCUAAGCUAAAGUUAAGUCCUGAGAGAAUACUUGUCCUAAAAAUGCAGCCCUUCUAUUUAUUCUUUGUUUUUAAAUCUUCUUUUGUUUUUUGUGAGGUUUUACUGGCCAUUUUUUUCUGAAAAGAACUUGAAUUUAUAUGUAGACAGCCAUAAGAUGUCGUCGUGGAAAGGCGGCAAAUACCCGGUGACGUCUUAUGUUGUUUUCAAUAAUUCUAGUCUUUAAUUCUCAUUUUAUCAAUUGGGUUUUUGUGAAGUCUUUUCGUGAUAAAGGUAGGGUGGGGUACACGUCUACUAUUUUUUGUAAUUUAUGUUUUGUAAAUAUAUUCUAAUAAUACAUUUAUCACGUCGUUUUAAUGACUUUCCUGAUAAUCUAAGAAUUAUUUUGAUAUGCUGAUGAUAUGCAUAUCACAACAUAUGUAAUA